AUGGCUGAGGAGAAGAAACCGGUUGAUGAGUGUGAUGGUUUUCCGACGAUUUUAUUCUAUGCUCGUGAAAUGAAAAAGUUAGCUGAAGAAAUUCAGUCAUUUAGUAAAGACCAUCGUAUUGAGUUAGGUGAUAUCGAAUGGAAAACGUUUGCUGAUAGUUGGCCAAAUAUAUUUAUUCGUAAUUCAGAACAAAUACGUCAUAGUCAUGUUCUAUUCUUAGCUUCGCUUCACAAUCCACAGACAAUAUUUGAGCAGAUCUCGCUUCUUUAUCAUCUACCUAAAUAUCUUUGUCGAUCGUUGAAAGUUCUUUUACCCUAUUUUCCAACGGGUACAAUGGAACGUAUUCAAAUUCAAGGUGAAAUUGCUACGGCUUUUUCUCUUGCGCAGAUGAUUUCGGCGAUACCAUUGACACGUACAGGUCCAAGCGAAAUUGUUAUAUUCGAUAUUCAUUCAUUACAAAAUCAAUUUUAUUUUUCAUCAAAUAUUAUUGUUCGACUUGAAUCAACCGUUGAAUUAUUAUUGGACGAAUUAAAAAAAACAGAAAAUCAAAAUGAAAAAUAUGCUAUUGCAUUUCCUGAUGAUGGUGCUCAUAAACGAUUUGGCCACAUGUUCGAUGGACAUAAUUAUCCCGUUGUGAUUUGUAGUAAAAUUCGUGAGGGUGAUUCACGGAGUACAGCUAUCAGAGAAGGGAAUCCAAAAGGUUAUCAUUGCAUCAUUAUUGAUGAUUUAGUUCAAUCCGGCGGUACACUCAUUGAAUGUGCCGGCGCAGUUCUAAGAAAUGGUGCUGUUAAUGUAUCAGCUUUUGUCGGCCAUGGAAUAUUUCCAAAUGAAAGUUGGAAAAAAUUUCUUCAUUCAAACAAUCCAAUAGUUCGUUUUGAUAAAUUUUAUUUAACAAAUACAUAUCCAAAUACAGAAAUACUUAUUGAUAAACCUCCAUUUAAAGUAUUUUCUAUAGCACAAAUUUUAUUUAAUAUAUGCUUCAAUUAA